AUGGAAGUGGUUCGUCGCUGCAAAGCAUUGAAAGUUUCACCACAAGAAGGAGAAGAUGUUAUUAGCAGGAUGCCAGAGGAUGUGAUCACUAAUAUUAUGGAUCGUUUGCCGUUAAGAGAUGCUGUGGCGACUAGUAUUUUGUCAACAAGUUGGAGAUUUAACUGGACGCUUCUCACUCAACUCAUCUUUGAUUUCAAGUUCUUCAAUACUUUACAUGGACGAAAAAUUCACUUUGAUGAAACUAAUAUAAUUAGAAUUCUAUUUCAUCUUAAAGGCGGAGUUACAAACUUUGUCCUUUAUAUGAACAUUGGCAUCAAUGUAGAUGUUGAGGAUGUUCAUCAUUGGGUUAUGUUCCUCUCUAGAAUACGAGGAUUUAAGGAACUCAUUUUACUAAAUUGGCAUCAAACACCGGUUAAGUUGCCUACCCAUCUUUUCUUUUGGCCAGAGUUAAAACAUUUGAAGCUAAGUAACUGUGUUUUGUCUCCACCUUAUUUUUCCGGUUUUCCAAAGCUGUUGAGCUUAGAAUUGUUUGAUGUAAGAUUUCAAGACCACGAAUAUGUGGAAUUAAAUGGUAAGUGUCCCUUACUUGAGACUCUGACAAUUUUAAAUAUCAAAAUUAUGGCGGGAGUGAAAUGGGUUGAAAUUGCAAAACUAAAAAAUGUCAAGAGGUUAGGUUUGUCAUUGGCUUUGCUUGACAAUGUAACCAUGGUCAGACUUUCCACUGUCUUCCAGCAUCUGUCCUUUCUUCCAAAACUUCAGGAGCUUUAUUUAUUUCUUGGGAAAUUCCAGGUAAUAUAA